ACAUUUCUGCGAGGUACGGCUAUGCUAAUCAUUUGGGGUGGGCUCGAUGACGGAAAGACAAAUACAGAAGAAGAGGAGCUUAACGACUGGUGGAGCGACGAGCAUCUCCCCGAACGCCUUGUGAUCAAAGGGUUCCUGAGGACGUGCCGGUUUCAUGCGCUUAAGUAAGGAAUAUCACAAUACUUGGUCUGUUAUGAAGUUGAAUCACUAGACACACUCACCUCGCCAGAAUAUAUGGCAGCGCUCCACAAUCCAACGCCGAGAACGAAAAGGUUCAUGCCAUUUCUCGCUUCAAUGAACCGUUCAGCUUGUCGUAUCCUGUAUUCAGUGUCUCGUCCCCAAUUCGGUAAACGCAGAGAGGGCGGUAUAGGUGGUUCUAUUGCGCACAUUGUCUUUCAACCACGUUCAUUUUCAGAGUCAAGAAAACAAACACGU